AUUUUUUUCUUUCUACUUAGACUCGGCGAAUUUUACGAAUCGGCGCGAUCUGUCCGUCUCGGAGGCUACCGACUCCGACCAGAGAGUGCACCGAAAGGAUCAUAAUCGCAAAGGAAGGACCUUCCGUCUAUCAAAAUUGGGUCAACGAAGCCACUCACGAAUCGCACGCGAACACCAUCGGCCGUAUCAAUUAAGUCCGCGACACCGAGUCACGUUCCCGAGAAUCGCAUCCUUCCUCUCAGAUCGUCCUCGACAUCAUCGUCGUCGCGACGAAGCUCCGACCGACGGCAAUAAUACGCAUAUUUACGAAACACACGGACUGUUGUGAAGCCUGUCGCACGACGUGUUCGCUCGCGAAGCGCCCUCGCGCAGCUCACGCGAAAACGCCACGUGACUCGUCACCACGUGACUCGAGCGAUCGCGAUUCAAACCGCGCAUACCUUCAUCCUGCGGAUCGAUCAUCGUCGAUCAUCGGAAUUUCUCUGUCCCGCGGUGAUCAGCGCGGACUGUCAAGCUUUUUUUACGACGAUACCUCGCACGAUUUCGAGUUUGAGGAGAUCGUAGCGUCGAAGAGCGAAGAGAAAAUUAUACAGAUGCAACGCGAGACGGAGAAUUCGACGACGCCGAACCACGCGUCGUGUCCUAACCGCCUCCUCGUUGUAGCACCGGCAGAAAAGAUGGCAAUCGCCGCUUCGGAGAAUUAUCAGCUCAAGUGGCACAGCUACGGAGCGCAUCUGCAUAGCUCCGUCGCGACGCUGCUUCAUUCGGAGUCCUUUGCGGAUGUUCUACUUGCCACGUCCUGCGGCCGACACGUGGCGGCUCAUCGGUUCGUCCUUGCGGCCUGCUCGUCGUACCUAAGUCACAUUUUCCAGACGUGUCACUUCGGCGCGAACACCAAUGCUCCGAUAAUCGUGGUACUGCCUACAGAGAUUGGAUACCGUACGCUAAAAAUCUUGAUACAGUACAUGUAUAGCGGCGAAGCCACUGUAACGAAUGAUCAGCUGGAAGGAGUCUUGAAAGCCGGCGAUAUAUUGCGUGUGCGUGGAUUAUGGAGAUCGAACACCGGUAGCAGCAAGAAAGAAAACAUACAGUCGAACAAUCAGAAAAUCGAACGCGACAAGCGGGAAUCGUCGCAGCUGACCGGGCAGAUACAGAAGAUCAAAUUGGUACAACCGACCACCGAGAAAAUAGUCGAGAACGCGCAACAGGCUACGGCAUGCCAAAAUAAUGUACAACCCUCGAAGCCGGUCGAGAGGAAGAGCACAGAGAAGAUCAUCGAAGAAAAGACCAACGAAUCCGACGCCAAAAAGGUUUUAGAGGAAAAUAAAAAUAAUGAGCAAAAUAAAAACAAGGAGAAUCUCGAGACGAACAGCAAGAAAAAGAAGACCGUUAACAGCGAUGUCGAAUCGAAUAAGUCGAAGAGCGAAGGUGGCGAAAACACGGAGCUAAAUCUGGAACUGUUAGUGAAGGAUGAGCCGAUUGAUUGGGAAGAGACGAUCGAUCCGUCGGAAUCACUUACGAUAGACCACGAAAUCGAUAUCAAACCAGAGAUUGUGCAUAGCGCGGACGAAGACGGAGAUAUGGAAGAAGAGGAAUAUACACCAUUGACGUGCGAUAUGUGUAGUCAAACGUUUAACAGACCGUCAGACUGGGUGAGACAUAUAGAAUUCACGCACGCUGACAUGACUGAAAAUCGAAGAAAGAAACGAAAGGACGACGUGAACGAUGACAGCAAGGACUUCCCACCUCUGAAAUGCGAUCUAUGCGGCAACAUGUAUUCUACGCCGCAGGAAUGGGUACGUCACAUACAGACGGAGCACACGGAGGAGCAGCUGGCCUUGAUGAACAAUUCGGCACCCCCUAAGCCGAAGAGGGUGCACAAUCAUCAAAAAUUAUGUAACAUAUGUCAAAAGGAAUUCCCGAGCCAUGCCUCGAUGGUCAUCCACCAGCGAACGCAUACGGGCGAAAAGCCUUUCCUCUGUUCCUACUGCAAAAAAGGCUUCAAUGUAAAGAGCAAUCUAUUGAGGCAUUUAAGAACUUUGCAUGACAAAUACGUACAUCCCAGCUUAUACGGGAGUAAUGGUAGCACGAACGCUUAAAGGCCCUUUACAUUCCUUUCCGAAACAUAUACAUAUAUAUAUAUAUAUAUAUAUAUAAAUAUAUAUAUUUCUGUUUUGCAUGGCGUCUCAGUCGUGGAGAAACUAUACAGCAUCUUAUCUAUGUUCAAUAUUAUGUCUACCUAGACUGAACGCGUAUCUAUAUAACAUAUAAAAGGAUGCCAAAUCGGAGCGUGAUGUGACAAGGAACUAGUAGAGUCGAGAUCUGUGUUGUAAUCUCCACUGAAAAAGCAUAACUGAGCGCAUUUUAAAAAUUCCCAAUGCAUAUUGGAGAGAAAUCUAUAAUACAAACUAUUUUUUCUAAAAAGGGUAGAAUUAUCGCGUUCUUUAUAAUAUAAUAAUCUUCUUUUUAAUCGUGUAUAAAAAAUAUAUAAUAGAACUCCUCUCUCGUUAAAUAAUUUUUGAUUGAGUUAAAAUGUUAAACAAGAAAGCAAUAUCAGGGCUUUAAUACCAAAGAGGCUGAUUAAUAUUGCCAAAACUCUCAUUUUGUUGUGUUUUUAACUGUUGCUCUUCUUUUCCUCUAAUGUAGUGCACGCAUAAAAAAGUUAUUUAUUUAAAAAGAAACUUUUUUUGUUUAAGUACAAGAAGAAUAAAUGUGUGCUGAAUGAUUUUACUACUUAUAAAGAUCUGUCGAUCGAGGAGUGCUUGCGUGUAAAAUAAUUCUAUAGUAUAAAUCGAUAUUUAACAAUUAAUCAUUAAUUUAAUUAUUUAGAGUAAUUAUACGAGAAAUCCAAAUUAUGUAAGAUUUAACUAUACUUCUAGGCUAUUCCAUCCAUGAUAGCCCUUUUAUUCCCUCAGCUCGUAAGUUAAUUAUGUAUUUUUAUAUUAAAAUAGCUUAUACACACAAACGUAUAAGAAAUAAGAUUAAGCAAAACU